AUGGAGAAUCGGAGCUUGCUAAUCUUGCUGACAAUCUCUGUGAUGAUUAUCGCAUUUACUCACAAGCUCUUGCGCAGAUUAAUCACAAGAACGCCCAACAAGAACCUCCCGCCAAGCCCACCCUCCCUCCCCGUCAUCGGCCACCUCCACCAACUCAAGAAGCCCGCUCACCGGACCCUCCUCGCCCUCGCCCGCACCUACGGCCCUGUGUUCUCCCUCCGCUUUGGCACCUGUCCUGUCGUCGUCGUGUCCUCCGCAUCCAUAGCCGAGGAAUGCUUAACCCAGAAUGACGUCGUCCUUGCGAACCGACCUGAGACCCUUGUUUAUAAGCACCUCGGGUACAACCACACCACCGUCAUGGCUGCCCCCUACAGCGAUCACUGGCGCAACCUUCGCCGCAUCUGCACCGUCGAGAUCUUCUCCUCGCACCGCCUAAACGUGUCGCUCGGCAUUCGUAAGGAUGAGGUCAACCGCCUCCUGAGGAAGCUGCACAUUUGCGGCAGAGGAGGCGGCUUCGCGAGGGUGGAGCCGAGCGAUGCACUGACGGAGCUGAUGUUCAAUGUGGUCAUGAGGAUGAUGGCGGGGAAGAGGUACUACGGGGAGGACGUGAGCGAUGUGGAGGAGGCGUCGAAGUUCAGGGACAUCAUCAGGGAGAUCGUGACGUUCUUGGGGACCUCAUACGCGGGUGACUACCUGCCCCUACUGAAGUGGGUCGACUACGAUGGGUACAUGAAGAAGAUGUUCGAGCUUGGGAAGAAGAUAGACGGGUUCUUGCAGGGGCUGGUCGACGAGCACCGGAAGAAGAAGAAGGUGAGUGAGGAGGAGAAGAACAUGAUCGAUUACUUCCUGGUGAAGCAGGCUUCGCAGCCGGAGUAUUACACGGACGAGAUCAUCAAGGGCUUCUUGCUGCGGAUACAACCGAUUGCUGGAACCGAUGCAUCAACUAUCACAAUUGAGUGGGCGCUCGCCAAUUUGCUCAACCAUCCCAACAUGUUAGAAAAGGCUAAAACAGAGAUCGACACCCGUUGCCAAGAUCGUCCGGUCGACGAAUCGGAUCUUUUGGAGCUACCUUAUAUUCAGAACAUUAUCUCAGAGACGCUUCGCUUGCAUCCACCUGCGCCGCUUCUGAUACCCCACUACUCAUCGGAUGAGUGCAUAGUAGGAGGCUAUGAUGUGCCCCGCGGCACAACUGUGCUUAUAAAUGCUUGGGCCAUUCACAGAGACCCCGAGCAAUGGCCCGAUCCAAUGGCCUUCAAGCCGGAAAGGUUUGAAAGCGGUGAAGGUCAAAUGAAUGGGUUGAUGUUGCCUUUUGGGAUGGGGAGGAGAGCAUGCCCCGGUGCACCUUUGGCUCAUAAAUUGCUGGGCUUGACUUUGGCUUCGCUCAUUCAGUGCUUUGAAUGGAAGAGGAUUGGUGAAGAGGAAGUUGACAUGAGUGAGGGGGAAGGUCUAACGAUGCCCAAAGAAAAGCCAUUGGAAGCUUUGUGCAAAGCACGAGAAAUGAUGAUUAAAGUUCUCUCUUAAUCAUCCAGUGAUGUAUGAGGUGGGCCAUUUACGUUGUCGUUUUCAAUAACAGGUCGGUUUCAAUGA